AUGUUAGCAAUCAUUACAGGGAAAUUUGCAGGAGGACCUGGCAGUCGCAAAGGUAUCAUCAUCGGCGAACUUGCCACUCAAUUCAAUUUUACGUCAUUAAAUAUCGAAAAUAUUAUUUUCGAUCAUCUUGCAAAUAAACUAUCGAUCGCAGAACAUCAAUGCCUUAAUAUUCAAAAAUUAAUCGAGGAUGAUCCUACUUUAAUAACACUUGAAUGGGUUUUAUCCGAAAUGGCUAAAGAAAUUCUUGCAAAUAUAAAUAAUAAAUUCAUUAUCGAUAUCAUUCCAAAUUUGCUGAGUAUUUUGAAAUCCGAUUCGUUUUGCAAGAAAGAUCAAACGCCAAUACUUGAGAAAUUCGAAAGAGAAUUUCCUAUAAUAUGUGCGAUGCAUAUAAAUGUUGUGGAUGAAAUUAUGUUUACCGAUGAAUUUAUCAAGAAUAAUAAUGCUGGAGAAAUUGCGAGUUCAAAUCUUAAACAGCCAAAAAACGAUGAAUAUAAUGAAAAAUAUUUCAAGAUUCGAAUCGAGAAAUAUUGUAAAUGUUCGCUCCCUUUUAUUGAAUAUUUUGAGAAAUCGAAUCGAAUUGUUCGUUUAAAUAUUUGUUCGUUGACUACAACUCGAGAAAUCAUUGAAAAUUUGAAAAAAAUUUUUGUUUCUAUUGGAUUUUCUAAAUGCAAAAACGACACAAAAACUAUUUUGUUCGCUUACGAUGAACUGCAACUUGUCGAUAUUGAUCUCACUCCUUAUAAGUUCGAACGAAUUUAUCUUAAUGAUGUGGUUAACAAUGACACAAAUUCAUUAGCGUUCAAGCUGAACCUAUUGCGAAAACAUAUCAAUAUGUUGGUAACCGAACGCAGUAAUUUUUUGGUGUUUCUUGGUGAUAUUGGAGAUGUAUCCAAUAAGGCAACACGUACAAGAGCUCGUAUUGACACCUGA